AUGUCGGUCCAGAAGAACAAGAAGCACCAAAAGUGGGCUGUGUUGAUUGGCAUUGAGCAAUAUGAGUCCGCACGGCGACCAACGGCGAAGUGGGAGCCACGGCAUGAUGAGUCUGGCAAUGAGAUAUGUUACAGCAACUUGGACGGCUGCGUCAAUGAUGUGCUUGCAGUCGAGAACUAUCUUGUAGGGACAAUCAAGAUGGAGCCGGACAAUAUCAAGAGACUCAUCGCACCCACACCCGGUCGAAGUUACAUCUCAGAGCUGUCAAAAGACUAUCUCGAGCCACCUUACGUCAACAUCGUCGACGCCUUGAAAUUCCCUGACGGCGCGAAAGAAGGCGACUUGAUGUACAUCCACUUUUCCGGCCAUGGAGGUCGCGCGACAACCAUUUUCAACAGCAGCCUUAAGAACAGCGAUUUGGAUGAGGCUCUAGUCCCGGUGGAUGUCGCCUGUGGCGGAAACUUUCUUCGAGAUCCCGAACUGGGGAUGUUGCUACAAGACUUGGAAACCGCUGGUCUGAUCGUCACGGUAGUGCUGGAUUGCUGCCACUCAGGCGGCGCAGUGCCAGGGGAGGACAACCCAGAGUUGGGAACCACACGUGGUAUUGAGGGCGUGUACAAAUCCGAAGCGCAGCGGGAUCGACCCGCAAACUUUGAGCAGACACAGAAAUUCGGCCGAGAUAUUGUGUCCCCUCGGCGGCACAACACCAGCGGUGUUGUUGUUCUGGCCGCGUGUCUGGAGGCUCAAAUGUCGAAGGAGAAGCGCGACGGUCGCCACAGUUACGGCCUUUUGACACAUUGCCUCUUGGAUACCCUCGAGAACAUCCACCGAGCUCGGCGUAUUUCGACACAAACUCUUUACCAGCGGAUUCGUGCCAGCGUGCAGAACAGCAACAAAUACCAGAUGCCGUACCUUGUUGGCAGCGAAGGUCGUUUCUUUUUCAGUAAAACUCUUGGCUCCAAGACAUACCCUCUCAGUGUCAUCAGCUCCUCCAUAGACAUCUCGAAGUCCGUGCAUGAUCGAUUCGUGCGACUGGAAGGCGGGAAGCUGCACGGUGUGAAAUUGCAGUCCCAAUAUGCCAUCCUGCCCUAG